CCAGGCUCCCUGAUGUGUUUUCCAGACCCGACCCACACCCACAAUUGCGAUCCUGACCCACAAUCCAGACCCCCUUGUGUAAAUUCCAGACUCUGAUCCCUGAUCCAGACGCUGACCACCUGGACUAAAUGUUUCGACUUUCGUGACAACAUUCUUGGAUUUAACAGAUAACUGAAUCUUUGGAAAAAUCAUUUUGCAAAAGAAAUUUUUGAAAUAUUUGCUCUGUUUGAGCCUGAGAGUGAGGCCGGGCAUCAGAACCUGCAUUUAUUAUGGUUAGCUGAUGAGUUUCUAAAGUUAAUGAGAGGGAAAUGAACUUCAAGAAAGAUAGGACAAACUCAACUACCUGAUAUUAUUUUCAAAAAAGGUUGACUAAAAUUCAUUCUCUACUCAAAAGAGCAUUUAGAAUUAUUUUUCGGAUUAUUACAUCUGCAAUUUACAGGUCACGCUGUAUCUACCGCGAGCUGGAGAUACAGUAAUUUUUACGCAGGGGUUCCCUGAGACCUGAAAAUUAUUUCAACGGUUCCCUUGGGGCAAAACGAUUGAGAAAGAUGAUUUAAACGAACAAGAAUGGUUAAUCGAGCAAUAUAGCUGAGAAUGUUCAGAUUAUUUAAGGAUUAAAUACUCAAUGCCCUGUCUUCGCCUUCUCGACCUUGCCUGAGGUUGAAUAGUUUCCCACUCCCGCCAUCGAGGAGCUGAAGUUUGCGAAGAGUUGGGAGGCCCUUCACUUGCUUCGGCGAGCUUGCGGCUCGGUCACGAGGUCCGGCUGACUCGCUGAGGGACAGUGAACUAGGGAAAACUUUGGCAAGUGUUUUCCAGUGCGUGAACUCAUCCCUCCGCCUCUCGGGGCUGCGUGGGUGGAGCCAUCGUCCGAGCGGCAGCUACGCCAAGACUUCGGUUUGCCCCGGGACGUGGUGGGACAUGGCGAUGCUGAGGGGCGUCGGAGCACGGUACGGCGCGGGGGCCGGGGGCUGGAACUGGAGCCGGGGGUCCGCGCUCACUCCACGCCUCCGCGACGGCGACAGCAGCCGGAUGAGCAGCACUCUGCAUUAUUUGGAUAUCGUCCCCUUCAAGCCAAGCCUGACGACCAGCUACAUCCAUGGUGCCACCAACAUGCCACUUGUCGGCAAGACGAUUGGGCAGUAUUUUGAUGAGACUGUGGACAAGCACCCUGACAGAGAGGCACUGGUCUUUGUAAGGGAUGGAGUCAGGAAGACAUUUGGUCAGCUGAAACAGGAGGUGGACCAGAUGGCUGCAGGACUUCUUGCCAUUGGGCUGCAGAAGGGUGACUGCUUGGGGAUCUGGGGGCCAAACGUUUAUGAGUGGCUGCUGGUCCAGCUUGCAACAGCGAAGGCGGGCAUCAUUUUGACUAGCAUCAACCCGGCGAUCCAAGCUAGAGAGCUGGAGUUUCUUCUGAAGAAGGUUGACUGCAAGGCACUGGUCUGCCCCCUAACCUUUAAAACCCAGAAGUACUACAACAUCCUUAAGCAGAUCUGUCCAGAGCUGGAGAAGGCCACGGCUGGGGAUCUCAGGAGUAACAGACUCCCUGACCUCAGGUCAGUCAUUAUGAUUGGAGAUAAACUUCCUGGAACAUUCAGCUUUAAGGAAGUGUUUGAAGCAGCUUCCAGCAGCCACCAUGUGCAAUUGUUAAACGUGCAGAAGAAGAUUUCCUUUGAUGACCCAAUAAACAUCCUCUUUACUUCGGGCACCACUGGAUUCCCCAAAGGAGCCACCCUCUCCCACCAUAACGUAGUCAAUAAUGCCCGAUAUGUCGGAUACAGAAUAGGCUACAACUGGCGGGAAGCCCGGAUCUGUGUGCCAGUCCCUCUCUGUCACAUCUUUGGGAGUGUGGGAGCCUCUCUGAUGAUGGCCAUUUAUGGAUGUCAUCUCUGUUUUCCCUCUCCAAGUUUUGAGCCCCAAGCAGCCCUUGAGGCAGUUCCUAGUGAAAGAUGUACGAUAAUGUAUGGGACUCCCACCAUGUACGUUGGCAUGCUGGGUCAGAAGGAUUUCUCCUCCUUUGAUCUCUCAACAUUGGAAGGAGGAAUUUUAGGUGGUUCACCGUGCCCUUCCGAACUGGCCAAACAAAUCAUGGAUAGGAUGAAGAUACAGGAAAUUAUUGUUGUAUACGGGACAACAGAGAACAGUCCGGUCACAUUUCAAGGAUUUCCACAAGACGAAAUAAAACGAAAAACAGAGACAGUUGGAUACAUCAGCCCUCACAUUGAGGCUAAAGUUGUGGAUCCCCAAACUAAGGAAAUCCUUCCUGUGAACACGGCAGGGGAACUGUGGAUCCGUGGGUAUUCUGUCAUGUUGGGAUACUGGAAUGACCCGGAAAAGACAAAGGAAGUCAUCACCCCGGAGGGGUGGUAUAGAACGGGUGACAUUGCCACACUUGAUCCAUACGGAUACUGUAAGAUCGUAGGCAGAAUUAAAGAGAUGAUCAUCCGUGGAGGAGAGAACAUUUACCCUGCGGAAUUAGAGGCAUUCUUGCACAAGUAUCCCAAAGUACUUGAGGUGCAGGUGAUUGGAGUUCACGAUGACAAGAUGGGAGAAGAGGUCUGUGCCUGUGUGAAACUGCACGAUGGGACGGAGUGCACUGCUGAGGAGCUCUGGGCCUACUGCAAAGGACAGGGAGAAAAGGUGUGUUUCAAUUUUCCAGCCUUUGUCUCCCGCAGAUCGCCCACUUCAAAAUACCACGAUAUAUUGUGUUUGUGAAGGAUUUCCCUCUGACAGCCAGUGGAAAGAUUCCAAAAUAUAAACUGAGGGAGAACCUUGAACGGGAGCUGAAGUUGCGGCCUGAGUGACAAAGAACACGGAGGAGGUCAGCGAGGGGUUCCUGUCAUCCGUGUUCAUCAUUCCCAAGCAGGGAGAACUAUCUGUUAUAACUCACCGGUGUUACCAAGGAACGUGGGGUUCAGACUUCCCCACCAUGAACUCAGGAACACGAAGUAGAAGCCAUUCAGCCCCUCGAGCCUAUUCUGACAUUCAAUUAGACUAUGCCCAAUUUGCAUCUUAAUAACAUUCAGCUUCUUAAUCAUUUGUACCUUUCACAAACAAAAACCUGCUGAUCUGAGCAGAGAAACCUAUUGAAUCUAACAAAAAAAUGCCCUUUGUGUGAAAAAAGAAUUUCUGUCCUGAACAGGCUUGCUGUAGUUGCAAGUUAUAUCUUUACCCUGACUCACUCACUACAAUUCAUCCAUAACUAUACUCUCAAUCUCUUUCAUAAUUUUAUCUUAGAUCUCCCUUUAGCCUUCUGAGCAAUUUGUCCCUGCAGCUGAACUCAUUAGCUCAGACGUCAUUCUGGCAAAAUCCCUCUACCUCUGUACUCCUUAUUUGUAGAGAACAUUGCCCCCUUUUGGAGCAGGGCUUGUUGCAGACAGUCCAAUUACCCACAUUAACAGGGCAAGUACAUUUUAGAAUUACCAGGAACAAAACUGGGAUACAAAGUCUCUGAAUCGGUGUAUAGGGUUCCUUACAUUGUCAGGAAAAGCUGGAAUCCUGAUACAGAAAUGAGAAUGGGAUUGACUGGGAUUGACAACAUGUCCUAAUCAUGUCAUGCCUUAUUUUAGAAAAUCUAAUAGCCCUGUUCCUGGAACCACAACUGGAAUCAUUCCAUAGAUCUUCUGCUGACUACUCCUAUACGGCAGCUGAUCUAAUCUACUUAAUGUACUCCAUCCAAUUAUAAAUUUGAUGAUUUAUAAUUGCAAUAUGAUGAACUUUGAUCUGCCAUUUCACUCAGCAAGGACUUAUCCAAUCCAUUAAUGAAUUGCGCAUCUUACACCGGAGCCAUUUUAACAUGAAUUUGAAGAUCAUUUCUGGCCUAUGACACCAAUCUCUCACUGUGUAACUUAACAUGGGCGGGCUCUACCCCAUGACAAGUCUACCAUGUGCGAGGCUCAGAUUGGAUUGGGUUUCAAAAGAUGAUUUUCCUUCACCAUAGAUCAAAUUAGGAUUGGCAGUGGUCAGGUUGAAUUUUAAUUUUCAAUCAGAGGAGUCCUCAGUCCUCAGUCAUUGUGAUUGUUCUAUUGUAACAGAUAUUUGCUGGAACAGACACCCUACCUUUAGCCUACACAACCCUGGACCCAGCCAUUUCACAGAAUCUACCCAUGAUUCCUCCCCAUCACCCAAGGAAAAUCAGUAUAAAUUCACCCUAGUGCCCAAAGUGAAUAAACAAACUUUCAGUGUAACGUUCAGCAAUUGUUCCCUUUCAUGUAGAAUAGUGGUUGCCAACCAGUCGAUCGUGAUUGACUGGUUGGUCUUUGAGACUUUCUCAGUAGAUCCCAAAAAAAUGAAAAAUAAAUACACAAGUACUGUUGAGAGAUUGUUUCCGGGUUGCGGGGUUUUAGUUCCGUUCUUUCUGCCCAGUGCGCAUGUGUGUAGCUCCCCCGCCACACACUACACAGUGUACUUCAGUGGUCCCCAACCACCGGGCUGCGAGUCAGCUGCACCUUUCCUCAUUCCCUGUCACGCCCACUGUUGAACUUGAAUGCACGCGAGUUCAUUACACACGCAAAGUCAUUACUCAUGCGAGGUCAUCAGUCGCCUAAAUGCAGUGAUACCCUAGCGCCAGGGAUCACUGGUUGGCCUCGGAUAACCGGCGGCCUCACGCGGCCGGUGUGUGUAAAGUGCCAUUGCUACCGGACUGGAGCACGGACAGAGGGACGCUAAACCUGUUUAGCACACCGAAUGAUCAUGGGGAACCCGGCGCUAAAAUAUUCACAGACGACCUAAUUCGGGCUCAGGGUUCCGUAAGUAGCAGAGCAGCUAAAGCACUGUGAUCUACCGAAACAAACUUUUGUCGGCCGAUAGAUCCUACAAGGGGGGUGGGCACACGUCCUAAUGCACCCCUCGCUCACUGGGUCGCUCUGUCCGGACUGCGACCGCCGCAGCCCUGGCACGGGGACCUCCGGCCCUGACCUUGUCCUCUCACCCCACCUACGACCAGCCGCUCCUGGCCAAGGCGUCUGGCGGCGGGCGGGCGGGAGGCUGGAGUUCGGGCCCGGAGGCUGUCUAAUGAGGCAAUGAAGCACACAAAACUGCUUCGGUACCUUGAGUCCAAUCACCCUGCACUUAAAAGACAAACCCGUCGAGUUUUCUUGAGCAGAAAAAAGAUGAGCAAGCGGGACAGAAGCUAAGUGCUGAUAGCCAUGAAAACUAAAUUGUGGAAUAGACUGGACAUAAGGAACCUGCUUCGAGUAUCUCUGUAUUCCCAUCGUGUUUAACACCCCCCCACCACCCUGUCAGCCGGUCCGCAAGAAUAUUGUCAAUAUUAAACCAGUCUGCGGUGUAAGAAAGUUCAGUGACCCCUGGUGUACAUACAUUACUUCUGGGUUGCGGGGUUUUACUUCCGGCCUCCUCUGCCCGUGCGCAUGCAUGUAACUAACCAAUUUAGUAGGCGGAUUUUGCCUUUCACUAAGGCCGAGGUAGAGGAUCUUGGGCUUAACAAGGUUGGUGACCACUAGUGCAGAAUAUUGGAAUGUGACCAAUUUGCAAUGCUGAAGGUUUAAUUUAUUCACCUCAUUUUCUCAAUCAUCUCAGUCAGCUGAAGAAAAUGCCAGAUCACUGUCAGUUCGGGUUGUUCAGUCAAGCCUUGACACAGGCUUCCAGCCAAAACCUUCUGAUUUAACAACUCGGCAUAAUGGAGAUCAGAAAGGUGGGCAUUACCUAAUUUUAAUUCACUACCCAUUUCACCAGCCAAUUAGUUAUAACUUCUAAAAUAUUCGUACAUGCACAUAUUUAGCCAAAAAACUCGAUUUUUAAUAAUAUGAUAUUGAUUAACAGAGAUGCCUAACCAGAAAGAUUAACUCUGCUUUGCAUACACCACAAGCAUGUAUUCAUCUACAAGGGCACUUAAGAUUCAAUGCCUGAGCUUAACCAAAAGCCAAAAUUAUAACUUCAUAUUUGCAUAAUGUUAUAUGUUUUUUCAAAUCAUAAGAAAUUUCAUGCCAGCUAAGUAGUGUUAGUUCUAUAUAACCAGCUUCUCAUAUGUGGCUUCAACUAGUGCUUUACUGAAAACUAUAAUCACUUGUUCUUUUUAUUUGGGAUUAAAUUGUAUAAUUUCACAUUUUACAAUCAUUUUGAUCUGAGUUUAUAUAAAAUAAAAUCAAUUCACUAACCUA